GGAGAGAGGCUUUCAUUGAAGCUGGAAGAAUCCUAAACGGAUAUGUCACAACAAGGAUCUACUAUGAAGAGGAUGCUGCAGUUCUUUCCCAUAAAUAUAAUGUACUUCUUCCAGCACUUCUGUUUGCUAAGCCUGCAACUCAGCAAAGGAAUGCCAUCCACCUCUCACAGUAUAACACGCAAGACAUUGUUAAAGUAAUCCGCCAUGCAUUGUUGGAGACAUUUCCAGAAAUCACAGUGGAAAGCCUGCCUGAUUACUUCCAGCUGAAGAAACCUUUGCUCAUUUUGUUCAGUGACGGAGUUCCUGCCAAAAGGGAAGAAGAAGAAAUGAAGCGUGUGGCUAUCGGCGAGCACCACAAAACCUUUAUUGCUUGCUGGCUAAACCUUAAGAACACACCUGUAGGCAGAAGUAUUCUGAAGGUUUAUUUUGGAAACUUGGUUCCUCCUGUGCCUCUCCUCCUCUGGAUCAGCCUUCAUUCUGGAGGCCAUGUCUUUGUUUUUCCUUCAGAUCAGUCAAUUUCUGAAACGAGUAUCCUUGCUUGGAUUGAAAAACUAAAGAUCAAACAAGACGUUCCAAGGGCGACUUUGUCUGAUGAAGAGUGGAAGCCCCGCCUUCCUGCCUAUGACUUUCUGAGUAUGAUGGAACCCACACUGCCUGAAUUUACUAUUUAUACUCAGGGAAGUAUAAAUACCCAUCAGGAGGAGGUCCUGGGAGAAAAGAAAGCAGAAGCAGCAGUGACAAAGAAGCCCACAGAAGGCUCCACCAUGGAGGAACUGAAACAAAAGAAGCCAACUGGAAGGGUCUUACGAAGAACAGCUCCACAUCUGGGAGCAAAGGAGAAGCAGGCUAAGCACCAUUCAGAGUUAUAAAGCUUUCUGGUAUCAUCAGAACCCUGGAUAGUUUUGGAAGUAGAGGAUAGGACAAUGCAGAGAUCUAGAGACAACAAUUACACUUCAUAAACAUGUACUGAAAACAGAUAUGUGGCUCUUACCUGCCCAAAAUUUGGGCAGGGUGACUGCACACGCAUGCACACAUCCACAUCUGGAAGCAAUCUUUUUUAAAUCCAAAGAGCUAAGGACUAAUCUGGACAUGAAAAAGAGAAAGAUGUCAUCACAGAAUCUCUGGUGUUUAUUGUAAAGGGGUCAGUAGCAGCUACUAUUGGAAUCCAUUGUAUUCAGAAAUAUUAUGAGGGAUGAGGAAGAAGUUUAUAUUUGUUAGAUUUUUAUUUUGCCUUUCAUACAGGAGCUCAGGGUGGUAUAAUUAGUGCUCCAUCCUAUUUUUUCCACAGCAACCACCUUGUGAGGUAGAUGGGCUAUUUCCCCAAUGCCAAUCCAUACUGACUCUCUUGAAAAUAAGCCUAUGUACAGUACUGUGCAGAAGUUUUAGGCAGG